AUUUCAGCGUAAUUCCGGACGAUUGUAUACAAAUAUCCGCAUUAUUGUUUGUACGACAACCGUUCAAAGUGAGUAAUGAAACUACUCUGGCUGAUAGUAUUCGCUAAAUGUGCACAUUUAGUUUCCGGAGAGUGCACAAACAGGACAUAUGGCCCAGAAUGCUCCCAAAAAUGCGGGUUCUGUAAAAACGAUGCUCCCUGUGACGGGGUGACGGGACUGUGCCAAGGAUGUUCGGCCGGAUACGAGGGUAUUCUAUGUCUAUCAAGAUGUUCCCAUGGUUUUUAUGGUGAAGAUUGCCUUCUACGCUGUACCAUGUGUGUUAACAAUAACUGCGACCCAAUGAAUGGCACAUGUGCGAACGGAACGGUUUUGACCACGGAAAGGACACAGCCUGUCACCAUAAUAACUAUAGUAACGACUCAAACCACCACCACCACUCCACAAAAGGGAUUAGUUUUUGACAGCCCAGCAGUUUUAUUUGGACUUUCUGUUCCAGAAUAUGCCCAAGGAAGACACAGGUUGAGCCAACAUACCAUGCUACAAGAAGACGAUCUACGAGAAGGAUCCGAACAAAUGGCAGGAACAGAGCUGAUAACUUGUGUACUGAUUUGUCUCUUUUUUCGGAAUAUUGAUGCUUACGGAGCUGUAGGUAAUGAGGGAUUCUUCAUUUCCAUUUCCAAUCUCUCCAAUCUAUUCACUGGACAAAUAUGUUACCGCUCAAAGUUAAACACUAUUCCCUUAGCAUCGGACACUUAUCCCUGCAUUGGAAGAGGUAGAUAUUUAACAGUGUUUACCACCCAGAGAACGACCACGAUUGAGUUUGAUAUCUGUGAGGUCGCAGUGACAGGUUGUCCUUUUCAAAGAUACGGAUACGACUGUUCCCAGACCUGUGCCUGCCCGGACGAAUGUCAUUAUGAGACUGGACAAUGCAUUAGUUACUUGUCAGUCUGUAACAUAACCGGACGCUGGGGAGAGGACUGUAAGGAGAUCUGCGGAUUUUGUAAAGAUGGCGCGGAUUGUGACAAGACUACAGGAGCGUGUCCAUCAGGUUGUGCUGCUGGAUACAGAUCUAGUCAGUGUACUGUGGAAUGUAUAUCUGGAACUUUUGGCGAAGACUGCGGAAUCUCCUGUGGUAAUUGUGUCAACAGUCGAUGUAACCCUGUGACGGGAGCCUGUGACAGCCAAGGAUGUCAGACCGGGUACGUGGGUACCAAGUGUUUUAACACCAACAAUUUUUACAACAAUGUGCAAGGACAGUUGGUGAAUACUUGGGAGGGAAAUGUGGCGACAGGUUCGAUAUCGUAUAAUGUAGCAGGAUUAUUUGAUGGUAACAACGCUUCAUGUGCCUUCCAGAACGCCCCUUUCUCCAACACCAUUGGUUCUACAGCUUUCCUUUUUCAACUGACAACAGAAAGAGUGCUAAGAGAAAUCACCUUAACAUUUAGUACCCAAGGUAUAACAGCUAGCGCAGCAUCAAAUUAUGCCGGAUUUACCGUAUCCAUCUCUGACGGAACCAAUCGUCGCGAUUGCUUUACCUGGAACUCUACUGGUGUCCCAGAAUACGUACAAACCAUUCCUUGUCUAGGCCUGGCAAAGUCCAUCAAUGUUACUAAUGAAAGAAGAAGUGGUGUGACAUAUCCCUCCGCAUGGGGACCCAAUCCUGGUCUAGGAUUCUGUGAAAUUUUGGCAACAGGUUGUCCAGCGGGAAGAUACGGCACAUAUUGUGAGAAGUCGUGUAUUUGUCAGGUUUGUGACUAUGUCACCGGGGCAUGUCCCAGCAUCGACCAAAAUUGUCAGAACAGAACGUACGGAGUGAACUGUUUAGAACAGUGUGGGAACUGUCGGAAUAAUGAUGUAUGUAACAUAGAAACAGGGGCUUGUCCCAAUGGGUGUACAGCAGGCUAUAAUGGAACACUCUGUAAAGAUGCUUGCCUAGCAGGACAUUACGGAGAAAAUUGUUUGCAGACAUGUUCUCAGUUUUGUAAAAAUAACAGAGUUUGUAAUUCCGUGACCGGAAGUUGUCCAGAAGGAUGCUCUGCUGGUUACCAAGGCUCCACGUGCGAUCAGACAUGUGAAAAUGGCACCUAUGGUCAGGACUGUCUUAACAACUGUAGCAGAAAUUGCCAAGACAACGCAUGCAAUUAUGUUAGCGGAAAUUGCACUAAAGGAUGUAAAAUAGGAUAUCAGGGAGAUAAAUGCUUAAUUGCGUGUGAAAAUGGCAAAUACGGGCAGGACUGCAGUUACAACUGUAGCAGAAAUUGCCGAGACAACUCAUGUCAUAUCAUUAGUGGAAAUUGUACCAAAGGAUGUAUAAUAGGAUAUCAGGGAGAUUUAUGCUCAGCUGAGUGUUCGCGUGGUACGUAUGGUCAGGAUUGUACCAGCCAGUGUAAUAACAAUUGUAUCAACUCCACGUGUAACCACAUAGACGGCGCGUGUACUCUCAAAAAACCCGACAAUGGAACAAUAAUAGUAGAGCCAGUUGUAUCAGGACUGUCUACGGACGAUCUGGCCAUGCUCAUCUGCCUGGUACUGGGUGUUAUCACACUCAUCGUUGCUGUCAUCUUUAUUAUCAUCGCCGCCAAGGCCCACAAACGUUUUAAACAAGAAGCAGAGGAAUGUGAGGAGGAGGGGGAGACUCACAGUAUCAGCAAAAGCAGUCAUGAUGCCCUGCCAGCUACACCCAACAAUAGGCAAACUAGAGCAGAAGAUCACUUGGUUCAUGUGCAAGGGCCGUUUCGUAGCCUCCCGAAACCCGCCCCUCCGUUGUCAGACGACAGUGGUCUGUAUUUCGGUGUUGAUGACGUACCCUCAAAGACUGAAGAUUACUACAAUGCAAGCGUGUUUGCCUGUGGGAUACCUAUCCCGGCAUUAAGGGAUCUAAUCAAAAAUGACCAGAGGCGGAUCGAAGAAGAGUACAAAGAAUUGCAAAAGGGGGUUAUUCACCCUUGUAACAUUGCCAACAAGCCGGAAAAUAAGCCGAAGAACAGAUACCUCACAGUGUUGCCAUACGACCAUUCAAUUGUUGAACUGGCGCCACUUUCUGGAAAGCCAGACACUAAGUACAUCAAUGCCAACUACAUAGAUAGCACCCUGGAGGACAAGGCUUAUAUUGCAACCCAAGGGCCAAUGACAUCAACGAUUGGGGAUUUCUGGAGAUUAGUAUGGCAGACCUAUUGUGGCAAAAUUGUGAUGCUUACAAAGCUUAAGGAGAAAAACAAGAUAAAAUGUGCUCAAUAUUGGCCAAACAAAGGAUCAACUCUAGAGUUUGGGUUGUACAAAAUAGCAGUCCAAGCUGAAAAGAAACACGUCACUUACGUGCAAAGAGCGCUUCGACUGGAAGAUAUGACGACCAGUGAAUGUCGAACCAUCCACCACUUCCACUACAUGGCGUGGCCUGACCAUGGCACCCCUGAUCAUGUGCAGCUUGUUGCGUUCCAUCGUCACGUGACUUCUGUAACGACAGACUUUAUUGGUCCCAUGGUUGUGCAUUGCAGCGCAGGGAUUGGAAGAACGGGAACUUUUAUUGCCCUGGACUCCCUCCUCAAGCAGGCUAAACUGACAAAUCAGGUCCAAGUUUUCAACUUCAUCAGGCUCAUGAGGAAGGACCGCAUGAACAUGAUUCAGACAGGGGAUCAGUAUUUAUAUGUUUAUCAUACAAUUUAUGAGGCACUCAAUCAUAAAAACACAACCAUAAAGAGGAAAGAUUUUCCGAAGGAAUAUUUUAAACUUGAGGAUCCAUCUGACAAGUCAGAGAAAAGGACUGUUGGAGAAUUUAAGAUACUGCAAGAAAUGAGGGGUGUUUUCACUGCUGAUAAUCUUAACCCUAAACCUAAACGUAAAGGUAUCAAAGCAGCCAAAGCCCGAGAUAGCGCUAGUAUUGGGAAACUCCAAACAAUUAAAAUACCGGCGUAUGGAGAAAGCCGAGGUUUUCAGUUGGUACAGUCUCUGAUGCCAACGAUGGAUGUGGACUUGUGGAACUUCGUCAUGACAUCAGAAGCAGCUGUUGUCGUGUCUGUGGACAAACAAUCAAGCGAUGUUCUUGGCAGUUUUCUACCUACAGUCGGUGAGACUCGUGUGACCAGUUAUAUGGCAACUUCCAUCUCCAGCUCUGCCAUCAACGAAAACGUCAACGCAUCAUGUUCAGUUGUCGAAAUCACAAAUAGAAACACAGAACAGAGUGAUGAAAUUACGGUCAUAAGAUGUUGUAUUGAUGGAAAGAAAUCCAAAAUGACCGCCUCAGAAAUGGCGAAUCUGGCAGUGCUAAUCGAACACACGGAAAAAGCCAGCUCACUCACUGGAGAGACUAUUGUUCUGAGCAGUGACGGAAUAUCAGGACCAGGUUUAUUAUGUGCCGUCUCUUACGCUAUACAAGACGCCAUUAUAGAGAAGUCUGUAGAUAUAUUCCAAACCGUUCGGCAAUUCCAUAUAAGGAAUCCAAAGUUUAUCCCUAAUCAGGAAGACUAUGAUUUUUGCUACCAGUCGGUCAAUGAAUUCUUGCUGACGGACAAUGAUUACGCCAAUAUAGAAAAGGACCAAGAAUAGCCUCAAGAAACGUUGUCGGUUCUUUGAAUUUUUGUUCUUAGAUUUGA